AUGCGCGUCUCAAGAAUGCUCGCGACAGCCCUCCUACUCGCCGCCGGCGGCCUCUCAAGCCCCGUACAGCCCCUAGGCAGCAGCGUCUUAGACAUAAGCGACCUGGCAGACGGCGCAUAUGCAGACGUAGCCCCGGACGAGUUUCCCGUUGGUCCUAAGUCUGUCCAUCGACGUGACUGGCCGCCGAAUGAUCCUAUUGACCAUAACAGUUACUGCAGGAGAGACACCUUGCCCGGGACGAACCUGACAAAGGAAGAGAAGAAGCCCAUGCUGGAAUGCUUCGAAAAGAUGGAAAAGAAAGGCGACUGGGUGACCGACUGGACCCACUGCAAUCAUACCCAGCGCUACUUCACCGCUUGGGGCCUCUGGUGGAAAAACCCGGAGGAUUGCUAUCACGCUUGCAAGAGGUGCUUCAUGGGCGCUAUCCUCAGCGGCGCCUCAAACUGGUACUGCUUCCAGGCCGCCGGGUUCAUGGCUCAAUGCAACAUCAGUGUCUACGAUCUAGGGUUAGAGUGUUUUGCGGAAUACUGA